AUGCAGAAGAAAGUUGCCUUUUUCAACGAUGGUAAAUACGCUCUUGGUACAUUGUUUGCUGCUUCUGGCUACAUGCGCAGGGUCUCCGUUGACGGAGAUAGACACAAGGUAAGACUCGAUUGGGCCUUGAUUGACGUCGCCGAGCACCGACAAGGAUCCAACCGUCUACCGUCGUGGUCAGCUUGGAAACAGAAGUAUGGAGGUGUUCCAGCUUCGCCCUAUAGAUUAGAUGGAAGCCUUCUCGAAGAACGCCAAUCUGAUGGCCCUAAUAAUUUGUAUGUUUGGAAGCUAAGUGCCGCCAAUGGCCCUACAGUCGGGAUAUAUCAUCGGAAUAGAAUCGCCUGCGCAAUGGCGGAAGAUAAGCAUCUGAGAGACGGGGAUUCCGAAACAGCCGAAUAUAUCUACCAACCAGACAGCGGCUGCAUGCAACGGACGUAUUGUGCGAAGGGUGAUUCAGGCUCGGUUGUCUUCGAUAUAGAUGGGAAGGUUAUUUGGCUGUAUUCUGCAGGAAUCAAGAUCCGUCAGUCCUUUGGUAACGAGGGGUUUGGGAUGGUAACUCCUAUUGAGCAUAUCUUUCAAGAUAUCAAGGACUUUUAG